CUAAAAUCAUUUUAUAUUGGUAAUCAACCACUUUCUUUCUUCAGUCUGUGACUGGCUUUUAACGGCAAUAUAAUUGUGCUAGUGAGGUUUCAAAUUGUCAACUUGCCAUCAUUUGAGCUUCUAACACUCCGUGUAUGUGACUAGGACAUUGGUCACCUACCUUACAGGCAUUAUAGUUGGAUAGUGAGGCUAUUGUGAUUUUAAUGGCAGGAACAAAAUCAGUCAUUUAUGGAUAUUUGGUUCAUAAGGCUGUGACUUCCGAUACAAUGUUAUUCGAUCCAAUUAGCAAGAUGGUUGUUUUGACUCUCGGAGUGUCUUCACAGCUCUUUGAACUAACAAUGAUGUACAGAAAAGCAAAUGUUCUCAUUUUCACUUGAAAUGAGUUAUUUUCAGCAGUUAUUACUCAACGGGAGAAGAAGAAGUAACAAGCAGCUGCACCCAGGAUUAAGAAGCUUGUUCUACUACUGAAUUCUUGAAAAUCAAACACCAUAGCUGGGAAGAAGAUCUAUCAAACACAAUAAUCAUGAUCGAGGAGUAAGGUUAUGCUGGUUUUAUUCAUAUUAUAUCUGGUACCUAACCUCCUAUGCACCCUACUAUGCCCAGAUAUGUGGACCAGUCAUUAUUGCUUUCCAUUCUGCUCCCAGUUGUAGUUUAUUCACGCAGGUUAAAUGAUGGGAGACAGUGAUCUUUAGUAACGUUAAGCCCAAUCCUAGGCAUUCUGUUAAGAAUAUUCAUUUAGAUUUUAUGAACAUUCUGAAAGAGAGAGACCAACCAAUUUAUCAUCUGGAAAACAGAAGGGGCAUGAGCUGGAGAAUGAGUCACACUACGAAUGGGUUUAUUUUGUCUUUUGAGGAAACUGAUUGCACAAGGGGAUUUGCAAUUCCAAUUUUGGAGAAAUCCAGUUGCUGUAGAGCUAUCAAAGCAGGACCAGGUUGGGCUUCAUGCCCCUUAGAUGCAGGGCCAAAAGCUAUACUACCUGUAUUAUAUUGUGCAGUUGGUUCUCUGUUCUCACUUCUCAGUACCUGCGCUAUAUUGCAUGCACUAUGUUGCGCAGUCAUCCUUCUAUUUAUUUAUUUAUUUUUAUUUUUGUGAAAGAUUAUAUAAAUCAGAACUUCAAUGGUGAGUGUACAAAGAGAUGGUAGGAACUUUUAAAAACAUCACGAUUUAAACACCAUAACAUCAAAAUGGUCUUAAUAGUAUGAAUGAUCUCAUCCUUAGAUUUUAAUCUUCCCCCAAAUGCGACUUUAUUUCCUUCCUUUCAAAUGGACCAACAGAUAAGGAAUGACGCUGCAAAUUUCCUUUUCUGCUUAUUCUGUCAAUUGGGACGCCAAGCAAGAAAAUUAAGUGGAAGUGUAACCGGCACUUUACUGUCGAUGAUAAGAUUGGAUCAAGAAUCUAAACCACCGUUUUCAUGCGCAGCAGGAGGAGUAUCCUUUUAAGAUCACUCUCACGUGUCCCACUAUCAGUUGGAAACUGAAAUGGAGUGUCCUCUGUUGACCGCAAAUUCAAACCCAAACAUGCUGAAGAACUCAUUUCUAACAAACAGAACUACUCUCAGUUACAAACCAAAAAGUAGAAGAAGAAAUUCCUAUAAUGUUGCCAUCCUGAGUCACAACCGAUUCAAGCAAAAUUCAUCAUUUAAACAAACAAAUUCGACUCAAUUGUUCAUGGAUUCCACUAAAUGUUACGAAGAUAACGAAACCCACAUAGAAUCUGCAACCAUAUUUCACCACACUAGGAGAUUUGGGUGGUUAAGAUGUUUGAUUUGCAAAUGGAGAUUGGUUUACCAGAGUUUGUUGGUGUUCUUGUUUUGCUUCACUUUAGUUGGCGCAGAAGCUAGUGCUGAUUCAGUAUUUGAAUAUGCUUGUGAAGAUGUUUCGAGUUAUUAUUCUCCUGCUGAGAAUCUACAAGGUGAAGAACUAAUGAAAAAAUUGAGCUUGAUUGUAUCUAAUCAUCGAGCAUUGCCGUACAAAAAGGUUUGGGAUGCUCUCAAGGUUCUUGAUGCGGCUGAUGUUGAUAAUCCAGAUUCCUCGGCAAAUGUAACCGAAAUAUACUCUCUGAAAGCUGUGCCAAAGCUCUUAGCAGGAAAACCUGAAGGAUGGAACAGGGAGCAUUUGUGGCCUCGUUCAUACGGUCUAACAUAUGGUCCAUCGUUAAGCGAUUUACACAACAUUCGCCCAGCUGAUGCAAAUGUAAAUUCAUCUAGGGGGAAUAAGUACUAUGGGGAAUGCCUUCCUACUUCACUUGACUGCCAUAAGCCAGCAAACAAAGAAGCUGCAUCUGAUACAGAAACGGAUAAAAACAGAUGGGCGCCACCUUUCCAGGUUAGGGGUGACAUUGCAAGGGCACUAAUGUACAUGGCUGUAAGUUAUGGAUAUAAUUGGACAGAUGGAAGCCCCAAUCUUCACCUUUCUGAUUCACCAAGUAUCAAAAAGAAAGAGAUGGGAUUGCUUUCAACAUUGUUGAAGUGGAAUGAACUCGACCCCCCUUCAAGAGAAGAGCAGCUGAGGAACCACCGAGUAUGCAGUUUUUACCAACACAAUAGAAAUCCUUUUGUUGAUCACCCAGAAUACGCAAAUCUUAUAUGGAAGCAAGGAACUGAACACUAUCACGAUAAUCACUCGGUAGAUGCAUGGAUAAAUGAAUUUCAUUACAACAACAAAGGGAAAGACAAUAACGAGUUCGUCGAAAUAGUGGUUGGACCAUCAACAAAUGCGUCCGAACUCAGUGUCGCGCUUUACAAUGGAGCCAAUGGGAAAAUGUAUAGGUUAUUACCACUGGUAUAUGACACCAAAUUCACUGUCACAAGGGAUCGCUCAGGUUUUCUUAUUUACACAGCAUGGUUGGAACUCCAGAAUGGACCUGGUGAUGGUAUUGCGCUGAUUUCUGUUGGGAAGAAACAACAAGUUGUUCAGUUCAUUUCCUACAGUGGCAUAAUAAAAGCAACAGAUGGACCCGCAAUAGGUUUAGAAUCCAUUGAUAUUGGUUUCCAAGAAACAGAUGAUUCAUCGGAGUUUGAUUCACUGGGAGUAAUUGCGAAACGAGGAGAUAAGCUUGAAUGGAGAAAAUUCAUAAACGAAGCAUCACCCAGGAAAUUAAACAUGAGUCAGAUAUUAUCAAAUUCAUAAGUUAGAUGACUGAUUGUAUGCGAUUAUUGAAGUUGUAGAUUUUUCUUCUCAUGUAUAUAUAUAUUGAACACUGAAA